CUAGCGAGCAUUAGCAUUGGUCAUGCAGCCUUAUCCACAUGAGGGGCUUAUCAAUUCUAUUCGUGCAGGUCGCCCGGGGUUCUCAGUCGAUUUUGAGCCACGGAGCUGAGCAGUCGAAUCGCGAUCAGUUCCCCGGAAUCAGUGCAAAUAAACAGACCCACGUGUCGAGCAUAGAAACUAGCGAAUAAAUACAUCACCAGAUCGGCAAUAAAACACGCAGUGACCGAUAAGGAACCUUGGUGCAGGCAAUAAAAAAUACACAAAUAAAAUAGACAAAAAACACGGGAAUACCUAUACAGACAACUUUAUACAGCUAAGAUGAUUUCACACACAGUGAGGGUUUUCAAGAUGAUGUACAUUGUGGCGGGCAUACUCAUCAGCAAUGCGGAGAUCUGCGACACAGUGGAUCGCAUUCAAAUAGCGCCACGCGUCGACCUGAAGCCAGAGUUCGACCAGAAAUACCUGACCUCCGGGGGCAAUAGUCCCGGUUCCCGAUCCCGCACCCAUUCCAGGCAAAAUUCCGGAAGUGGUUCGGGUUCGGAGGAGGGAGCUCCCACCAAAAGGCGGAGGGUUAGUGUUUCUGGGAUAGCUGGUGGCGUGGUCAGAGGUGUCACCAGUCAGGUCUCGAAGAGAGUGGGCCACCGUUUCGUCUGGCUAUCCGACAUCCGGCUCAUCCUCCAGCAAUGGCGAGUCCUGGCCCUCAGCUUCAACCUCUGGACCAUCCCCAACUUCUUGGUCCAGUGCCUCACCAGCUACAUGAGCAAGAAGCUGCUCAUCAACAGCGACUGUGAUAUGAUCUACAAGUAGAAUAGGGCAGCUACACCGAGAGGUUGCAAAUUUAUUGUUACUAUAGUUUUUACAUAGCUUUAAGAUCUGAAUAAACAACUGCUAGACAUAGA